CGACCCAAACCCACAAUUUUCACGGUCAAAUCUCCCACACUUUCUCGACGCCCAAUCACCCCAAUCGCUCUCUAUCUCUCUCCAAACCCUAACCCCCAAUCCAACUUGGCCCACCCGUUCUAUGCCCUAUGUCGACAUCGGGUACGCCGCAGUUCCGGUACACGCAGACGCCGUCGAAGGUGCUCCACCUCCGCAACCUCCCGUGGGAGUGCGCCGAGGAGGAGCUCAUCGAGCUCUGCAAGCCUUUCGGCAAGAUCGUCAACACCAAGUGUAAUGUCGGCGCCAAUCGCAAUCAGGCCUUCGUCGAAUUCGUAGACCUAAACCAGGCCAUAAAUAUGGUUUCGUAUUAUGCUUCAUCCUCGGAGCCUGCGCAGGUCCGUGGUAAAACCGUUUACAUUCAGUAUUCAAAUAGACAUGAAAUUGUCAACAACAAAAGUCCGGGAGACGUACCCGGAAAUGUCUUGUUGGUAACCAUUGAGGGUGUUGAAGCCGGCGAUGUGAGCAUUGAUGUUAUUCACUUGGUGUUCUCUGCUUUUGGCUUUGUUCACAAGAUUGCUACUUUUGAAAAAGCAGCGGGCUUCCAGGCAUUGAUUCAGUUCAGUGACGCUGGCACUGCAUCUAUGGCAAGGAAUGCGUUGGAUGGAAGAAGCAUACCCAGGUACUUGCUUCCAGAGCAUGUCGGUUCCUGCCACUUACGUAUUUCUUAUUCGGCACACACUGAUCUGAACAUCAAGUUCCAGUCUCACCGAAGCAGGGACUAUACAAAUCCGCUCCUUCCUGUAAAUCCUACUGCAAUAGAGGGAAUUAUGCAGCCUACUGUAGGCCCUGAUGGAAAGAAGAAAGAGCUGGAGAGUAACGUGCUUCUCGCUUCAAUUGAAAAUAUGCAGUAUGCUGUCACAGUGGAUGUUAUUCACACGGUGUUCUCUGCGUUUGGCACUGUCCAAAAAAUUGCUAUAUUUGAGAAGAAUGGUCAAACACAAGCAUUAGUUCAAUACCCUGAUCUCAAUACAGCAGCAGUUGCCAGAGAAGCUCUAGAGGGACAUUGCAUAUAUGAUGGUGGCUAUUGUAAGCUUCAUCUAUCAUACUCUCGUCAUACUGAUCUCAAUGUAAAGGCGUAUAGCGACAAAAGUAGAGACUAUACGAUUCCAGAUGCUAGUUUGCUUGCGGCGCAACAAGUUUCUGGUUACCCUCCUCCUCCUCCUGGUGCUUGGCAGAAUCCUCAAGCUGCUCCAAUGUACCAUGGCAAUGAGUACAGUGGUGCAGCUUCUGUGCAGGCCCAAGCUCCUCCAGGACAGCCCUCAUCAUGGGAUCCAGCCAUGCAGGCAGGCAGAUCAACGUUUGUUUCAGCUCCUAGCACCUUUCCCGGUCAAACAUACCAGGCAUCAUCCGGUCCUGUAUAUUACUCUGCAGCAAUGCCAGCGGGUUCUUCGCCUCUCCAAUCAGGUCCAGCUGCUUCAGGUAUCGUUUCUAGGGGAAUGUCUCAACCAGGGAUUCCACCCAAUGUGCGACCCGGUGGUGGUGCUUCAUCUCCAGGCGUUCGGCCUCCUGGUGCCUCACCAUCGUACUAUGGCCAAUAGGAUGUAGUGUUUUGUUUUCUAUAAACGAAUGCUGGGUAUUACCGGGCUCAUCUUUUGUGCUUUUUUUAUCGUUGGGAAUGUGUCCAACCCCAAAUUCGAUUUGCAGUGUGAAACUCAGCACUGCUCUGCUUUGAUUGGAACCUGUUCUUGUGGUUUUAGCUUGAAUAGCCCAUAUAUAUUAUGUUGUUUCUGUAAUA